CAGUGGAAUCCGUGAAGGUGUAAUCGUUCUGCAGCCUGUCCAAUCAGGAGGCGGAGGAGAGGCUGUGCCGCGACACGGCGACAGAACUCAGGCGGCGACAGCCCUGUUGGCGUCCGGACCGGUUCCCAGCCACACCGUCACCCUCUAUUUGCAACACGAUGGCUGACGUGGAGCUCGUGAAGAAGAUGCUACAGGGCAUCCUGCACUCCAACAAAGGCGGGGUGUCCCUGAACCGUCUGCAGACGGAGUACAAGGAGGCGACCGGUGAGCAGAUACCGCAUAAGCAGAUGGGACACAACCACCUGGACACGCUGCUCGUCAGCAUGCCGUCUGUGGUGCGAGUGGAGCGCAGCCGCUCUGGAGAGGCUAGCUAUUUUGCAUCAGCAGCCAGUGAAAGGACCCAUAUAGCCAAAGUGAUGGCCCGAGAGCCAAACUCUAGGAGGAUCAGCCGGCCCCACCUGGUCAACACGCAGAUGAGGGUGAAGCCGGCCGCUCCGUUCAUCCUCAACGCCAAACCUCACACCUCCCUGAGGCAGCCGAAGAUCAGGGGCCGAGGCGGGGCUAGAGGGGGAGGCGCCGGCCGAGGAGCUGGACAUGGAGACCACAGACAGGUCAGGGACAUGAGGGAUGGGCUCUCUGACGGUGAGCCCGGGGGGCAUCCCAACAAGCUGUCCAAUCAGAACUCGCCCAACAGAAAAGCAAACGCACAAGACAAGCCAGAGAAGAGGAUGGCUCUCCCAUCGCGGUUUCAGAAGGAGGUGCAUGCUCACCUAGCCAGAAACUUCCAACAAACCGGCCCCCCCAUGAAUCUGAAUGAGAGCUCCGGAUCAGGGAGAGGGAAGUCUUACAACCGCCAGCAGGUUCAGAGCCGCAUCAGAGAGAUCCUGGGGAAGUACAGCAACGGGUUCUGGGUCUCCAAGCUGCCGCAGAUCUACAGAGAGCUGUACAAACAGGACCUGCCCGGCGAGGCCGUCCGGGAGCUGGAGAGCUGGACCCACAUCUGCACCGUGGAGAAAACCUGCAGCAGCAACCCCAACGAGCUGCUCCUCUAUCCCCCAAAGGACCAGGGCGCCCCCUGCUCCCCUCCCCCCCUCGCCAACUCCAACGCCUCACCGACGCCCUCGCACACGCCUCCAGAUCAACCGUCGCCCCCUCCUGCACAGCCCAGACCCACCAGCACCCAUCUGUCUCGCUCCGGCUCGGGGUCUCCUCAGUCUCCGCCCUCGUCCCCUUCCUCCUCCUCCUCCUCCUCUCCUCCGACGCUCAGCCCUGAGCUGAGACAGAAACUGGAGGAGCUGCUGGGGAAAUACUCCAGCGGUCUGUGGGCUCACGCUCUGCCCAAACUCUUCCAGGACGCCUACAAAACUAAACUGCCCGCGUACGUCCUGGAGAACCUCCACCUCCUCUCUGACAUCUGCAGAGUCGACUACCCCAUGGCCGACAACCCCAAGAGGGCCAUCCUGUACAGACGGAGCAGCGUAGGAGAAACGGGGGACGAGAACUGCAACCGGAGGGGCAGCUCCAUCAGCGAGGAGGAGCUGAGGAUGAGGAAGGAGGCGGGGAGGAGGCACAGCAACCAGGUGGUGCCUCCUCUGCAGAUCCCCAAGGAGGAGUACCCCUCCGUGCUGGUGAUCGAAGCCACGAACACCAACGGGGUCGCUCUCCGGUACGUGGGUGAGGGUUACUCCAAGGCGCAGGAGGCCAUGGAGGAGGAAAUGAAGAGGUUUUACGGUGUGAAGGGAAGCAGCAGAACUCCCGUGACGGCUCCGGCAUCGGGCCGACUCGUGGCGGUCCGAGCCGAAGAAGAGGAGGAGAUUCUAAGAGGGCAGAUCUGUGAGGUCCAGGAGGACAAAAUCAAGGUUUUCUAUGUGGACCACGGAUUCUCAGAGGUGGUCAGCAGAACCAAAGUGUUCGACCUGGACGAGAGGUUUUUCAAGCUGCCUUUCCAGGCCACCAAGUGUAAACUGGCUGGUUUGGAGCCUUUCUGUCAGGAACCCGCGGUCCUGAAGAAGUUUGAGAGCAUGGCCAGUGGACGCAUCCUCCUGGCUGAGAUUCUAGCGAGGGCGGAGACCCCGCUGGUCGUCCUGUACGACACGUCUCAGGACGACGACGUGAACAUCAACGCCGCCUGCAGGAGAGCCCUGCAGUGCCAGGCGCUAGCUAGUCCUCUGCAGGCGAACGGCGCCUACAUGAACGUGACGGUCAGCAGCGUCUGCUCCGACGGGACCUUCUACUGUCAGCUGCCCUGCAAAGGCCUCCAGAGGCUGAACCAGAUCCUGGAUAGUAUCGAGUCUUACUUCCACUCUCAGGUGACCUCAGAGUUCCUGGUCUCCAGACCAUUUUGUGGAAAGUUAUGUUUGGCUCGCUAUAAAGGAAAAUGGUCUCGUGUGGAGAUCACCAACCUCCAUGGCAGCAGAGUGUUGGACAUCCUGUUUGUGGAUGUUGGUGUUCAGGCUUCCGUGGAGGUUUUUGAGCUGAGAGAGGUCCCACCGCCGUUCCUCCAUGACCUCGUGAUGGUCCCACCACAGGCUGUGAAGUGCUGUCUUGCCGAUCUGGCUGUCAGCGCCGGAUCCUGGACUCCAGAGGCCAUCCAGUGGCUUCGAGAGAAAGUCCUGAAUGUGACGGACUGCAGCAUGAAGGUUGCCAAAGUAGAUGAGACCAAGUGCUGCACCUUUGUGUACUUGUUUACUGACAAGAACUUCCAUGAGGCGGCGCGAAGCCUCAACCAUCAGAUGGUCCAGUCUGACCUGUUCAAGCAGCAGCCCGACGUCUUCCUGACCAGCCACAGCCCGAACAAGAGUUCUACAAACUCCUCAUCUUCUGAAACUUCCACCAACAAAGACUCCACCAACGGCAACCCAACUUCGUCUGUACCAGCUCUUCUUCAUCCCAAGAAGGCUCUGCCAGCGCCUAGAGGAGGGUCACCAGGGUCACCUCCAUCUUCAGUUUCCCAUCUGCCCCCACUGCUGGAAUUGCCCCCUGCUGGAAGUAACUUGGACGUGUACGUGUCAGUGGCGUGUCAUCCAGGCCACUUUGUGCUGCAGCCGUGGAGGGAUAUGUACAAGCUGGUGGUGCUGAUGGGAGAGAUGAUUCUGUACUACAAUAAAACUGAAGAGAAACCACUCUCCAUCGAAAAGAACCAGAUUUAUGUUGCUAAAGUGGAGAACAACUGGUACCGCGUUCUAGUGAAAGGGGUUCUCACCAACGGCAUGGUGUCCGUGUAUGAACUGGACUAUGGCAAGCAUGAGCUGGUCAGCUGCAGCCACCUCCGGCCUCUGAUCAAGGAGUUCAAGCAGUUUCCCUUCCAGGCCAUCACUGCUCAGCUGGCCGGAGUGAAGCCCAGACAGUGGUCAGAGGAGGCCUCCAUCGUCUUCAGGAACCACGUGGAGAAGAAGCCACUGGUGGCCCAGCUGGAGUCGGUGCAGGAGUCCACGCACUCCUGGGACAGGAAGCUGACGGUCUUCCUGGUGGACACGUCGCAGGAAGAGCGCGACAUGUGGAUGCACGACAUCAUGGCCGAAUUUGCCGAAGAGCAGAGCAACGAGCUCUAGAGCAGCAGAUUCCUUGCUGACAAGCAGUUUUUCAUUUAAAAAAAUUGUGAAAACUAUUUGAAGCUUUAGUGGAAAGAGUGAAGAAAAUAGAAACGUUAGGCGGAGAAGUGGAAGUUUGAAGUGUAGAAAGCAGCAGUUUGUGACUGAAGGAUGACGAGAUGCGGAGUUACUGCUGUGAUUAUUAGACGACGACGUGUUGUGGUUGAACCUCCAGAGAUGCGAUAUAUAACGCCAGACGAAAGCCCUGCUAAUGUGAGCAUCUCCAGAUGUCAGAGAGCAUGCUGGGAAAGAAAACUUUUCUGCAAAAAAUUUCUUCUUUUAUUGUCAUAAAGUUUACAAACGUUCCAGCAAACAUUCCCCAAAGAGGAAAUGGACGUCAAGAACCUCCGUUUGUUCUAGUUCGGUUUGGGAUUGAGCAGUGAAACCCGGAUCCUUCCUCAGUCUUGAGUCUUCCUCCUCAGAGAAGAUGCGACCUCUGAAUCUGCAGAUUCCAGCCGCAUGCUUCCUCGGUCCCGUUAAGCUCAAAUGUGAAGAAGAAGAAGGAAAUGUUGCUCUGGUUUGGAAUUUGAUCCAGAAUUUUCUUUGAGAUUUGUUAGGCUGAGGCAUCGAGACCCGACGACGCUGGAUAGUUCUCAAUAUUAUUUAUAGUUUUUCUGGAUGCCAAAAGAUUUCUUUUUUUAUGUUCAAUAUGUUUCUGGAAUAAAGUCUGUUUGGAGGGAG